UUUACGAGUUCAGAUAACCCACCUGCAUUGGAUUCUCCGCAAUUAUCUAAUUUAUUUUAAUUUUUAAACAAUAUCAUCACCAUUUAGAAUUGGUGUGACAUUGACUUCCCCUCGAUAAGAAUUUUAUUAAAAGGAGGACAAUUUUGAAGAUUGAAAGAAAUAAAUAGUAAUUUUGAUUUAUAUAUAUACAAUUUUUCUCUACUUUUAUAAUGAUUAAAGGAUUAAGAUUAGCAACAAGAAAUGUUGCAAUUGCUCGUUUCAAUAGACCAUUGAACGGAGUAAGAUUUGGGUCCACAUGCUCACAUAAUCAUACUCAUGAGAUCAAUUCCACUCGCAAUCUUGCCACAAUUGGGUCUCAAGUCCCCAAGAUGCAAAAGGGGGUUGUUUUUGAAACUAAUGGUGGUCCUUUAGAAUAUAAAGAGAUCCCAGUACCAACCCCUAAACCCAAUGAAAUUCUUGUUAAUGUUAAAUAUUCCGGUGUUUGUCACACGGAUUUACACGCUUGGAAAGGUGAUUGGAAACUCCCAACUAAAUUACCCUUGGUUGGUGGACAUGAAGGUGCUGGGGUUGUUGUUGGCUUGGGAUCUAAUGUCACUGGAUGGAAAAUUGGUGAUUAUGCUGGGGUCAAAUGGUUGAAUGGAUCUUGUUUAUCAUGUGAAUUUUGUGAAGAUGGACAUGAAUCAAAUUGUGAUCAUGCUGAUUUAUCUGGCUACACUCACGAUGGUACUUUCCAACAAUAUUGUACUGCUGAUGCUGUCCAAGCGUCUAAAAUCCCAGAAGGUACUGAUUUGGCAGAAGUUGCUCCUAUUUUAUGUGCUGGGAUCACUGUUUAUAAGGCAUUGAAGACUGCUGGGUUAACUGCCGGUCAGUGGGUUGCAAUUUCUGGUGCUGGUGGUGGCUUAGGUUCCUUGGCUGUACAAUAUGCCAAGGCUAUGGGUUACAGAGUUUUAGGUAUUGACGGUGGUCAUGAUAAGGGUCAAUUGGUCAAAUCGUUGGGAGCUGAAGAAUAUGUUGAUUUUACCACCAUUUCUGAUGUCCCCAAGGAAAUCAUUAAGAUAACUAAUGGUGGUCCACAUGGUGUCAUUAAUGUUUCCAUUUCGCCUCAGGCAAUGCAACAAUCAGUUGAAUAUGUUAGAAAAACUGGCACUGUUGUCUUGGUUGGACUUCCAGCCGAUGCUAAAGUUGAAUCUAAUGUUUUGGAUUCCGUUACCAAAUCCAUUUCCAUUAAGGGAUCUUAUGUUGGUAACAGAUCUGAUUCAAGAGAAGCCAUUGACUUCUUUACUAGAGGCCUUGUUAAAGCUCCAAUUAAAAUUGCUGGAUUGUCCGAAUUACCAAGAAUUUACAAGGAAAUGGAAUCCGGUAACAUUUUAGGUAGAUAUGUGGUAGACACCUCCUACUAGUUAGACAUAAAAAAAAUCGAAUAUAUUAUUAAAACAAUAAACAAACAUCAAUAUUACAAAUUACCAAAUAUUAAAAACAAUAAUAAACUAAAAUGAACGGGGGAAAACAACACAUCUUUCUUUUCUUGAUGAACUGUUAC